AUGAGCCAAAUUCGAAAUCGAAGUCAAGGUGGAGCAGCUGGUUCAAGAUCACGUUCAAAAACUAGAUCAAAAUCACGUUCAUUAUCAUCAACAUCAUCUGGUCGUGCAGCUCAAGCACCAAAAUGGGAUGGUGAAUCAGGUUAUCGUUUACAUAUAUCACCAUUGAAUCCACGUACAUCUCGACGUGAUAUUGAAAAAAUAUUUUCAAAAUUUGGUACAAUAAAUGAAGUUUGGAUGGCAACAAAUCCUCCUUGUUUUGCAUUUGUAAAUUUUAAACAUCGUGCUGAUGCUGAAGAUGCUAUUCAAUCAUUUGAUGGAAAAAUGAUUGAUAAUUCACGUGUUGGUAUAUCAUUUGCUCGUAAACGUACUAUUGGUGGUCGUCGAGGUGGUUCAUAUAAUAAUGGUGCUGGUGAUCGUUAUUCUCGUAGUGGAGAUUAUGAUUCAUCUAGAAAACGUCGUCGAUAUUCACCACGACAAGAUGAUAGAAGUUAUGAUCGACGACGACGAUAUUCUCGAUCACGAAGUCCAGUGCAAUAUAAUAAACGUGAUAAUCGUCCAAGAUCAAGAUCAAAAUCAUCAUCACCAAAAACACGUCGUAAUCGACCAUUAUCAAAAGAUCGAUCACCUCAACAACAAGCAGUUAAUGUAGUUCACCGAUAUGCAGAAAGUGACGAUCGAUCUGAUUAA